AGACAAACAGCGAACAUGGCGGGUCUAAUGGCAAAGAAGUGCAUCGACCCCGUUUGUUGUGAUCGGAAGGAUCACUUCCCCGGAAUAUACGGUCCAAGCCGCCACCACAAGAAGGUAGUGGACCACUACGAGAACCCAAGGGAAUGUUGGAUCCUGGACAAGACCUCCAAAAAUGUGGGAACAGGCUUGGUGGGAGCCCCAGCUUGUGGAGAUGUGAUGAAGCUUCAGAUUGAGGUGGAUGAUCAGGGGAAGAUUGUGGACGCCAGGUUCAAGACGUUCGGCUGCGGCCCAGCCGACCGCCACUCCAGCUCCUGGUAACGGAGUGGGUGAAGGGGCAAAUCUAUUAACGAAGCACUGACAAUAAAGAACACGGACAUUGCCAAAGAGCUCAGUCUUCCACCGGUCAAACUUCACUGCUCCAUGCUGGCAGAGGAUGCCAUCACUGCCCUGCAUGACUACCGUCUCAAACAGCAGGAUGUCAAGAUUGAGGCUGUCAAAGCCACCGCAACUAAGGGAGGGCUCUCCCAUGUAGUCCUGGACACCCCUGUCCUGACACCCUACUGCCAAGGGGACACUCAAAUGUAGUCCUGGCUCC